AUGAGUCUGGAUUCUAGUUCUGCUUUAAUAAAUUCAAAUGUUGAUUUCUAAUAAUUUUAACGUGAUAGCGAAAAUGAAUUAUAGAAAGAUAACUCAAAAUCAGAUUAGAAUGAUGAAUAAGAUCAGAAAAUAUAAAAUGAAACCAAAAAUAUUCCAAAAAACUUUGGUGUUAUGCUUAAAAAUUAUUUAAGUAGUUCAUUCAACUAUUAAUAUAGAAAAAAAUCAUGCAAAAUUAUCUUAAAAAAAUACUGCCAUAAAAAAAUUUAUUCUUAAAGGUAACUAAAAAAAAAACUAUAACCGUAAGGAUUUCAAAACUUUGUUUAAAAAUGCAGAAGCUCGAAAGAUUUGUUCAGAAUAUUUUUCAAGUUUUGAUUUAAUUCAAGAUGUGCUUUAGUCAAGAAAAAUAGGAAAAGAAGAGAUUGUGCUAAAAUAUAUUAAGAAAUUAUUUUUAGCAACAUAUGAUCCAAAUACAUUAUCUAUUCUCAAAUAUUCGGAAGAUUGAAGUUGUUUUUAACACUUUUUAUAUAUAGAAUUCAGAUCUAUUAACUCAAAUAUUAGAGCGUAUUAUUUUUGAUAUAAAAUAUAUGUAAUAAAAAUUAGAAACAAUAAAAGGCUGGGAUAUUGAUACAUCAUUUGAAUCUCAAGGAAUUUUGAAACCUAAAAAUAAUUCAAUAAUAGCAGAAGAACCUUGCCAAAUGAAAACUUUAUCUUCUGAAAGAAAACCAUCUCCAAAAAAGAUAAAUAAAACCCCAUUAACUCGAACUCCUUUAAAUUCUGUACACUUUGAAUAAGGUAGCGUUAGUUCAAGUUCUUAAGGAAAAUUAUAUGUAAAAUAACAAUAUAAGUAACCUUUGGUACGUCCUUAAGUUUUAACAGUGUCUAAAUUAAAAUUAAGAUUAAAUGCUCUUCCAUAAUAAUGUACAAUUCCUUAAAAAGCUUAUUCAAGUGCUUAAUUAAACACAAUUUUGUAAUUGAAAAGAAAGAAUUUGUAUUUACAGUCAAUUUUGAAAAAAGUAAUAAUAAAUUUGUGUAAUACUUUAAGGUUAAUAAUAAUGAAAGUGAGGAGAGAAAUAAUAAAUCAUAAUAUGAUUAAUUGAU